AUUUGCAACAAAAUUUUAAUCAAAAAAUGUCUACAAAAGUGCCUUCAAUUCGGUUGAACGACGGCCACGACAUACCGAUCGUGGGGUUCGGUACUUACGCGACCACCAGUGCGGACAUCACCCGUGCUCUGGACGCCGGGUACCGACACUUUGACGGCGCGGACUUCUAUGGCAACGAGCGAGAGGUCGGCGCCGCACUCCGGGAGGCCAUACAGGCGGGUAAAGUCAGUCGUAAGGACUUGUAUGUGGUGUCCAAAGUGUGGCCCAAUUGGGUGGGAAAGGGUAGGCCAACUGUCAGUGUGAAGCGAUCGCUGGCCAAUCUGGGUCUGGAUUACUUGGAUCUGUUGCUCAUUCAUUGGCCGACACCAUUCAAACAGGUGGACGACGACUACCAUCCCGGCGCCAAAGAGGGCCACGUGUUGUUUGACGAGUCCAUCGAGUUGUAUGAUGUUUGGCGCGAGUUUGAAGAGAUUAAGAAAGCGGGUCUGGUUCGCUCGAUCGGUGUCUCAAACUUCAAUUCGCGUCAAAUACAGCAACUAAUGGACAACUCGUCGACAGUGCCGGCCGUAGUGCAGGUCGAGUCGCACCCGUACUUCAACAACGACCGACUGCGGCGUUGGUGUCUCCACUUUGGCAUACAUUUGACCGCCUAUUCGCCGCUGGCCUCUACCGGACCCGAUCUGGAUCAGGGCAUACCGCGACCCAUUGAAUUGCCCUUGAUCAAACAGUUGGCCAGUCGCCGGGGUGUGAGUCCGGCGGCCAUUAUA